AUGGCGGCAGCGGAGCUUUCCGUCACGCCGUCUGGGAAGCAAGGCGGCGGUGACGCGAAUCCGAAAAAGAUAGCGGUGAUGGGAAUCCAGAGGCAGUGUAGUUCUUUCUUCAUUUCUCCUUCUCUCUCUUGUUCUGACGCUUCUCGCGUGUCUCCCUCUACUCUGGCCCCCCCCGCGUCCUCAGCGGCCCCCCAAGUACCCAUUUCUCACCGGUCUUCUCUUUUUUCUUAUCCUCGAGCUUCGGAUCCCAGGGCCUUCUUUCGCGGCUUGUGCAUGCAAUGUCGGAUGCCACACCAGCUGUUGCUGGCAACACGAAAGAGAACAGUCAGGGCAGCCCAAGUUUCGAUCCCUUCUCUGCAUCAGCCUCCCGCUGUUCUCCUCCUUGGUGUCUCUCCGCCGUCUUCUCCAAGAUACGUCUCCUCCCUCUCUUCUGCCUCUUCGCCCUCGUCUGCCGCUUCUCCCUCGUCUUCGUCUUCUUCCUUGACUUCUCUCCCUUUUUUGCGUCACGUUUGUCUCUUUCUCCGGCCGUCGACUUCUCCUUCCACGUAUCUCCGUUCUUCGUCACGCCGCCCGCAUCUUUCUCCUUCUUUCACUGGUCUCUCCUCUCACGUCGCGCCGCCUUGCUGGAUGCCGCCGCGCCUCCAUCCUCGACCGUCGCCCCCGUCAGUACUUCCGACGCUGCGCCCCUUCCGCUCGCCGCUGUCUCUUGUCUCCUCGGCUGUCUCCUUUCAAUCUCCGGCUUGCAGGACUCUGCUUCUCGCUGGUGGCUUCGGCGCGGUCUCUCUCUCUCACGGUCUCCGGGAGGCCGCUCGGGGAAUGGCGACAAAGGAGACGCGGGGCAGCCCCCGAGACGCAGAACACGGAGGAGAGAGACGUGACAUUGGGGGAUACUUUGGAGGCUUCGCUGGAACCCAUCGCGGCUUAGGCUUCUCCGUACCACCCCGGCCGCCUGACCCUGAUAUGACAUCCGUGUCUCGGCCAAGUCACCCCACUUCCUCUUCCUCUAUUUCUGUCUCUUCUUCCUCUCCUUCCUCUCCUUCGUCUCCGUCCCCUUCCUCUUGUGUGUCGGAUUCUUCUCCGACGUUUGUUCUCCGUCCUCCUACGGAAGCGGAUUUUUCGGAAUCGGAGGCCUUGGGUCUCGGUACAGCCUUCAAGCCUCCGACUGCUUUGGAUUCGUUUCCUUUGCCGCCCUCCUCAUCAGUGCCUCCUUCACACGCUUCUUCUGUGGCGUCUGCUCUGCCGGCUUCGCCGGCUUCUUCAGAGCCGAGCCUUGCCUGGUGUAGCUCCGCGGGCCAGUCUCUGGAGGCGAGGUUUCCGUCGUUUGCGUCUCUCGACCUCCAUCCGGUGUUGGUGGAGCGGCUGAAGCAGCUGGGGGUCGAGACGCCGACAGCGACGCAGAUCAGCGCGUUCCUCCUCAUCGACAAGGGGCGCGACUGUGUAGUCGUAGACCGCACUGGAACGGGGAAGACGCUCGCGUAUCUUCUGCCGUUUGUGAACAAAGUCUACAAGCUGCACGACAUCUUGUUGCUUGCGCAAGUCGGCGUAGGGCCUUCAUCGGGGACGCAGGUACUUGCCGGAGACGAGCAGCCUGGCCAGGGCGAAGCGCGACAGGCCCGGGGAAACACGGCGUCUUCGCCUGUCCCCUUCGAGGAAGAGGCCAACGGCUGCGACUCCAGCAGUGGAGAGAGAGCACAUAGGGAAAGCCGGGAAUCAUCCCGAGUGAAGCCAAAGUCCGUAGGACGCAUGCUUCAAGAUCAGCUCCUCCGAUGCCAGGAGGAAGUUAUCGCCAGGCAUGCGGCUCUGUCUCCCGCGCCGCAGGUCUGGGAAUCACUUCGUGCGCCCAUUCCUCGCUCGCCUUCGUCUGCCUCGCAUGAAGCGAAUUCUGCCGACUUGUCGUCUGCCUACGGCGACGCCCUGCAGGCUGUGGGCAUCUCACCCGACAGCCCCAAUCCGCUCGGGGCUCUGCGCCCCGCCGUCCUUCUCCUCCCCACCCACGACAUGGUCAUCGACGCGCUCCACACGCUUCGGCGGCUGGACGUUCUCGGUCGCCUGCAGAUCCAGUGCCUCAGUGGCGUAGAGCGAAACGUGAAGGAGCGCACAGCUGGUGCGAGAGACGAAGAAGCCCGCGACCUGCGCGAGCUGCGCCGGACCUUUCGGAGGCGGCCCGACGGCGAGAAGCUGGCGCGAGACGCCCGCGACGGAGCUGAGGCGAACGAAGCUGAGACAGGUGACCGGGGAGACAGGGGCCGCGACGUCGGACCGGAGGCAAGGGCGAGGCCUGAGCGGAACGGGAGGACGAGAGAAGGCGGCGCAAGGCGAGAGGAGCCGUGGGCGAGCGCGGGGAUGGGUGAGAGGGGCGACGCGGCUCUAGAAAGAGCAGAGACAGACGAAGGGCGCAGGGUCCGAGGAGAAGAAGGCAAUGGAGGUGGUGACGAGUCUGCGGUUUGGAAGGGCCAGGUUCUAAGGAAGCCGCGAAUGACAGCCGACGGGAUGGUCGUGACCGAGACGCGACCUUUCAGCGAGAAGAAGAUCAAAAACAUCCACGAGGUUCACGUCCGUGGAAGUGAACGUUCCGGGGUACGCGAGUCGUGGCGGAGUCAAGCGCUUCAUGGCGACGGCGCCGCCGCUGAAAGCAACAGACCAACGGCGCCGUUGGAGGCGGAUGCGGACAGCAGGAGCUGCGAAGCACUUGAGGAAGAAAGCGAUGAUGACGAGCAUCCAUUUGAAGUCUGCAGCCUCCCUGUCCUUCACAAGCCACGCAUCAGAUGGGGCGCCGUCGAUCUAGUCAUCUCCACGCCACAUCUGUUUUUGGAAGACCUCGAGCGGUUUCGCGGGGAAAAUCUACAGCCUUCGAUGUUGAUUUUGGACGAAGCCGACGAGCUUCUCCGAGCCCGUGGCUCCCGAACGCUUCUCAUGGACAUCCUCGGCUACUGCAGGCCUCGCGUCCCCGUUCCUGCUCCUCACACUGCAAAACGCGCCCUCCCCGACUUCCCGCCUUGCCAGGUCGUUUUCUCGGGCGCGACGCUCGCUUCUCUGGGUCCCUGCAGUCCAGGAGUCAUGUUGAUUGAGCGGUUCGGAAAUGCCUUCGAGGUUUCUCCGCGCUCGAGGCACCAGCUGCGUGACGAGGUGAAGCAGCUAUGGAUUCGCCUGAACGCAGAGCGCCUCGCCGAGCUCCUGUCUCUGGCACAGCCGCCGUGGCGAGUCAAUGAAGGCGGCGAAGAUGACGAGGAUGCGAGACCCUCGAGCCAAUGGCGUACGGCCGAGGGCCGGAGCCUUCAGCGGGGUUUGGAGGCCGUAGGCGAGGUCCGCGGCGGCGGUCGAGCUCGGCCGCGGCGCGUGAGAGGCGGCUUGAUCACUGGUUCUGCUCUCGAGGAGGCCAGGAAGAAGGAGUUCGUGCUGUUGGGCGGGAACCUUCCCGUUUACUUGAAGCGAAGAAACCAGCCCAGUGACGAGGCAGUGGCUCUCGCGUCGCGACUCGUAGCCGAGACCUCGGCCGACACCACCGUGAAGCGAAAGCUGAGGCAACAGGUGUCUUGGGACCACCGCGUGGACAUCCUUCUCGCGCUCCUCGCCGCGUUCCCUGUAGACCGAACUGUCGUCUUCGUGAACUCCGUCGACCGCUGCAUACGCCUCUUCGACUUCUUUCGGGACCGCGGAUGGCCCGUCGUCAGCUUCCACCGAAAAAUGUCCAUGAAACACCGGAGCCGCGCCCUCGCGCGGCUUCUCGCCGCUUCCUCUGGGGGCGACAGCCUCCAAGGAGACAGCGGAAGCGAGGAAGACGGCGAGGACCAGUUCGCUGCUGAAGGGUCCGGCGGCGGGGCGCGACAAAGCGGGCAGGGGCGAAUCGAGGAACUGCUGCCGGCGUCGCUCAUGAUCGCGACGGACCUUGCGUGUCGAGGACUCGAUCUGCAAGGGGUCCAGCAUGUCAUCAACUUUGACUUCCCGACCGAUGCGAUGGCCUAUAUUCACCGAGCUGGACGGACCUGUAGGCGACCUUCGUCACACAUGGACGGUACAGAGCGCAGAUCUCCCUUCUGUCUGGUCAGCAACCUUGUGAGUGACGAUGAUUUCCCGCUCGCGUCGUCGCUGUAUUUCCUUCAAAAGGAACGUCAAAACCUGGAACGAACCUUUAGUCGCAAGGCAUCCUUCAAGGCGCGUUACAUACGCCACAGAGAGGCCGAGAAGAAGCGGAAGGCAGGUGAGAACGAGAGGCGGCCAGGCGAGGGCGACGCUGAAGCCGAAGGCGAGUCUGCUAAGUCCAAGAAGGACGCCUACACAGACGACAUCGAACAGUUGUGGAGCCAAAUGUACCGCAUGCAGUUUGAGCGGAAGGCGACUGGUGCCCGAGUCCGAGGGAUCCGAGACGAAGAUAACGGUCUACCCCGGAUGCCAACUGAGGCAGGUGGAAGGUAUGCGGAGAGGAAUGGAGAGAAAGACACCAGGGGCCAGAGCGCCGAUACCUCAUCAGCCGCAUCGGCGUCUUUAGGUAGAGACAGAUGGAGGCGCCUUCGACGUAUGCGAGUGGAACGCGAAGAAAGCAAGCGCCCCGAACGCGAGUCUCUGAGUUACCGAGAGGCGGCAGCGAGUCGGAGGAAACAGCUCGUCGACCGAUUGUUAAGGGGAGCUGUCUGGAGUGAAGACGGAAGGACGGCAUGCAUUGAAGCGCCCCGGUCAUUCUUUGACGAGGGUGAGUCUGAAGUAGGCACGGGUGAGCCUAGUGAAGAAUUAGAUGGUGUAGCGUCUUCCCGAUCGGACAGGCACCUUUUAGAGCCCAGAAGACGCUCAGCAGGGACCCGAGGAAAAGAGAGCGAUCAGGAUCGUAGGCAAGGCGCCCUUGGGCAGAAGAGAAAACGCGAAGACUCGUUUUGUUCUGAGGAAGGCGGAGACGCAGCUCAAGAGCAGUGUUGCGAUCCGGUGGCUCCAACACAGUCCGAGCGGCAGGUGCACCAAGGUGGAAAACCACGAGGUGCAGGCACCAGUCGCGCGCUGCAAAUGCGGGCAGCCCUGUUUGACGACGACAGCGAGGACGAAGACGACAGACUUCCUCCGUGGCCACACUCAGCUCAGCAGUCACAUUCCAUUUCUUCUCCUUCGCCUUCUCGGGCGUCCGUCUUCCGUCGCGACAGCCCCUCGCUCCCGAAGGCGACGGGAGCCGCUGGCGAGGCAGGCGCCUCGAAGAGCUCGGUGGAGAGAGCGACGAGGGUGUCAGCAGGCAACAAAGUGUGGACUGAAGAAGAAUACGACCAAUUCGUUGUGAGGAGGUUUGAGACAUACCAAGGCGGCCGGCCCAGUCGAGCCCGGGGCGUCGACUCACGUCUUGCGUCGGUGACUCGGCUCCACCAAAAGGCGGCAGAAAUGAGGACCAAGAUGCUCAUGAAUAAUCUCGGCGCAAACGACGACUUCUUUGACGAAGAUCUCAAAGUUUAGACCAGAGAUGCGAGACACACAAAUAGUGGGACGAACGAAAUCGGUGUUUCUCAAGGAGGGGCAACCAUACGGAGAAUGAAGCAGCGGCGAAGCAUCGUUGUCGUAUCCGUUUUCCUUGGAACUCUUUUACUCCAUGCUGCUCUUGUCCUUCGCACACUUGCACACCGAUAUUGUCUCCGUUGUGUGCCUUUGUCGCAUCUGUUUCAUUGUUUUCGCACUCGCUUCGUCAUAUGGAAUUACGAUUCGUGUGUCUUCUCUUCCGUUUGCCCCGGUGCUGGAGCAACCAGAACGUAGUAACAGACGUGCGUCUCAGAACUUUGCAUUUCCCCUGUGGGUUCCUAGCGUUUUUUCCUCCAGUGCUUCUACUUGACCUUGCCACUCCUGUGUGGUGUCAGGUGGCUUUUUUUCUGUGUUGGCAUUUACUCCUAGUGCCUGUGUCAGUCGUUUGUAUUUUCGUUGCCUUUGCUCUCCUGCGUGCCUAUGCCGCUUUCUUUCUGUGGAGUGAUUAAAGGCUGUUUCAUCCUGCCUGCUUCUUUUAGCGUUCUCCAGUGAUACGCACAGAAGCAAAAGCCGGAGGCGGGAACGUGGUCACCCAUGAUUCAUGCCGUACACCACCGUUGUGAUGAAUAAGUCUCCGGUUGUUGUGUGCUCAGUAUCUCCAAAUACUAGUGUAAGAUGUGGCAUUCAAGAGCUUUCAGAACCGGUACAAACUGCGGAUACACGCUCUGUAACAUCUAUGAUAGUCGCAGCUCUUCUAUUCCUCCCGGUAUCUAUCUUCGAAUUCGGUUGAGAAUGAGUGA